ACCAGGGGCGGAGGCAGCAGCUAGGGAGGAAGCGGAGGAGGCGGAGGCGGCCGCGGGGUUCGCCCGUCUGCUCGUUCACCGGCUUUCCCCGCCCCUGCCGCUCUCGCUGCCGCUGAAAGGAGCUGGGGGCGCGCUGUCGCAACCUGCCCUCGGCUUGGCUGGCGGCAGUUGAGACCCGACCUGCCUGUACAUCAGCCUUCCUGUCCGGGCGGCCGCGGCGUGGGCUCGCGGGCGCCUGAAGGUUACCGAGUGCAUGAGUGCCUAGCGCCUCUCGCGCUGUCCCGCCCGCCGGGUCGUCCGCCCGCCAGUCCGCCGGCUUCCCCGCAAGCUCCUCGGCACCCGGCGGCGGCGGCGGCGGCGGCGGCGGCGGUGGCGGCCGCCACGGCGACAACGGCCGCAGGAGGCGCCGUCUCCCGCCCAGGUGCACGUUUAGCUCCCGGCGCCUCGGAACUCGGCCGCCGCCAUGGCGUCCAACAUGGACCGCGAGAUCAUCCUGGCGGAUUUUCAGGCAUGUACUGGCAUUGAGAAUAUUGAUGAAGCUAUUACAUUGCUUGAACAAAAUAAUUGGGACUUAGUGGCAGCUAUCAAUGGUGUAAUACCCCAAGAAAAUGGCAUUCUACAAAGCACUCAGUUAUAUUGAAGCUCUUAUCAAGAAAGCAAACCAGACAGUUAAUUACAGUGAAUAUGGAGGUCAGACUGUACCAGGAACUGCAUCUGAUCCAGCAAGUCAUUCAGCUCCAGCUCCUGCUCCCUCCUCCUCUUCAGCAUUUCGACCUGUACUGCCAUCCAGGCAGAUUGUAGAAAGGCAACCUCGGCUGCUGGACUUCAGAAUUGAGUACAGAGACAGAAAUGUUGAUGUGGUCCUUGAAGACAGCUGUACUGUUGGAGAAAUUAAACAGAUUCUAGAAAAUGAACUUCACAUACCCGUGUCUAAAAUGCUGUUAAAAGGCUGGAAGACUGGAGAUGUGGAAGACAGUACGGUCUUAAAAUCGCUACACUUGCCAAAAAACAACAGUCUUUAUGUUCUUACACCAGAUUUGCCACCACCUUCAUCAUCUAGUCAUGCUGGUGCCCUGCAGGAGUCAUUAAAUCGAAACUUCAUGCUGAUCAUCACCCACCGAGAAGUCCAGCGGGAGUACCACCUGAACUUCUCAGGAAGCAGUACCAUUCAAGAGGUAAAAAGAAAUGUGUAUGACCUUACAAGUAUACCUGUUCGACAUCAGUUGUGGGAGGGCUGGCCAUCUUCUGCCACAGAUGAUUCAAUGUGUCUUGCUGAGUCAGGGCUCUCUCAUCCCUGCCAUCAACUUACUGUGGGAAGACGGUCUUUACCUGCGCAGACCCGGGAGCCGUCAGAAGAGCAAAGCACCGAUGUUCAUAUGGUUAGUGAUAGCGAUGGAGAUGACUUUGAAGAUGCUUCAGAAUUUGGGGUGGAUGAUGGAGAAGUAUUCGGCAUGGCGUCAUCUACCCUGAGAAAAUCUCCAAUGAUGCCAGAAAACGCAGAAAAUGAAGGAGAUGCCUUAUUACAAUUUACAGCAGAGUUUUCUUCAAGAUAUGGUGACUGCCAUCCUGUAUUUUUUAUUGGCUCAUUAGAAGCUGCUUUUCAAGAGGCCUUCUACGUGAAAGCCCGAGAUAGAAAGCUUCUUGCUAUCUACCUCCACCAUGAUGAAAGUGUACUAACCAACGUGUUCUGCUCACAAAUGCUUUGUGCUGAAUCCAUUGUUUCUUAUCUGAGUCAAAAUUUUAUAACCUGGGCUUGGGAUCUGACAAAGGAUGCCAACAGAGCAAGGUUUCUAACAAUGUGCAAUCGACACUUUGGCAGUGUUGUUGUACAAACCAUUCGUACUCAAAAAACUGAUCAGUUUCCACUCUUCCUGAUUAUAAUGGGAAAGCGAUCAUCUAAUGAAGUGUUAAAUGUGAUACAAGGUAACACUACAGUGGAUGAGCUGAUGAUGAGACUCAUGGCUGCAAUGGAGAUAUUCUCAGCCCAACAACAAGAAGACAUAAAGGAUGAGGAUGAACGUGAAGCCAGAGAAAAUGUGAAGAGAGAGCAAGAUGAAGCCUAUCGCCUUUCACUUGAGGCUGACAGAGCAAAGAGAGAAGCUCAUGAGAGAGAGAUGGCAGAACAGUUUCGUUUGGAGCAGAUUCGCAAAGAGCAAGAAGAGGAACGUGAGGCCAUCCGACUCUCCUUAGAGCAAGCCCUGCCUCCAGAGCCAGAGGAAGAAAAUGCUGAGCCUGUGAGCAAACUUCGGAUCCGCACACCCAGUGGCGAGUUCCUGGAGCGGCGUUUCCUGGCUAGCAAUAAGCUCCAGAUUGUCUUUGAUUUCGUAGCUUCCAAAGGAUUUCCAUGGGAUGAGUUCAAGUUACUGAGCACCUUUCCUAGGAGAGAUGUCACUCAGCUAGACCCCAAUAAGUCAUUAUUGGAAGUAAAGUUGUUCCCUCAAGAAACCCUUUUCCUUGAAGCAAAAGAGUAAACAGAGCUCAGCGGUGGAACCUGCCAUUCCUUGACAAGCCAGUGGCCUGCAUCAAAAGAUAGGCUCCUCACCAACCCACCCACACACUCUCUCACUCAGUCAGUGUCACACUUCUGCCUCUUGCAAGAUUGCUGGAAAAAGAGUAAUAAUAAACAUAGCUACUUAAAAUUUCCCAUCCAUGAGUAUAUGUUCCCAACCCUCACACAGAGAAUGACAGCUCUGCACCCUCCCCGGCUCCUCACCUCAGCCCUCAUCCAGUGACUGAUGUACUGUUCAAGUGUGAAUAAUCAUCACAAGUUUUACCUCUUUGGCACCUAUCUUUUCCCAACAGUGUCCAGGACAGUUCUGCCCGUCCUGGGACAACAGGAUGCUGUGUAUUUGGUAUGUCUCAUUGAGCUAGGGCUCAUACCUCUGCCUUUUUAUUUUCACAAAUGGAUUUCUACUUUGUCACCUAAUUAUAAGAGGCGAGGGAAACAUCUAAUGGGACAUUUUUGGCAUGGAGAUUAAACAUUGUAGGAAAAAUGUUA